AUCUCUCCAAUCAACCCAUCAAUGGCUACGAAUCUCCCCCUCGAGCUCGUCCACAGUAUCCUCGACUAUGUUGACGUCGAGACCUAUGUCGCUGCACGGUCGGCGUGCCGUUUAUGGCGGAAUGCAGCGUCGCUAUCUUCGAUCCUUAGGAGCGCCCUGAAAGAAACCCCAGUGCCAAUACCUCCACGAACAGAUCUCCUAACGAAUGAAGAGUGGAACAUAUACUUCGACCAAGUUGCAUGUUCGAACCUGCUAGGCCACCGGACGCACAUCGACAAAACCGAGUCUAGACGUGACCUGCCUGAGGAUUGCACCCCUACCACGGUGCUGGCGGCAUCUUCUGAUGGUCAACAGCUGGUGACUCUGAAAGGAGCACGAGCCACAGUGUACAGCCGUUCAGACAAGCACGGCCACUGGGAGUCCUCCUUGUCCUCAUCGCUCUAUCCGCUCUGGACCUCGGUAUGCCACGCUAUGAUGGACGGAGGUAGUACAGGCUGCAUGUCACUCAACCAGCGCUACGCAAAACACCGCCUCGCCAUUUCCUCGCAAGGCCACCUUGUUGCUGUCGGACUGGGCAAGACAGUUCAGAUCUACAGUCUUUCCGGUGACGCAGACGGCAUCUCCUCUCCGGCAGAAUACACACUCAACCAGAGCAACACCGUCCUCGCAAGCCCCACCGGCGCAGGCUACGAAGACACCAACGGCGUUAUCGAGUCCCUAGAAUUUACCGACGACGACACUCUCCUCCGUGUCGCCAUAAGCAAUGAAACAACCGCUUUCCAGCCGACUCGUGUACGCUACGUGGGCAACCCACCCGACGCCUCCAACUACCAACGUCACCGAGACCUCCAAUACUGGCGGAACAACAUCCACCACAUCUACCUCGACUCAGCCUCCAUGGCCGUCACCCUCGGCGCCGGAGAAGAAAAGAUCGUCCUCCGCGGCCUGCGCCUCCUCUCCUCAUCCUACAAACCUGCCUCUCACCAACGCCAACCACCACCAGACCCAUCCUCCUCAUCCCACUACUUCACUGCAUCCCUCCAAUCCCCAACCACAAAAGCCUACUGCAUCGGCCUCGUCACCGUCUCUCUCACCUCACCUCAAACAGUAACCCUCACCCGCCUCCUCCCAUCCCAUCAAUACCAUCCCGAUCCCCCUUCCACACCAACCUCCAAACCCUCCUCCUCCACCUCCACCUCCCCUCAACCAACCCCCCACCCCACCACCGACACCGAAUACAUAACCACGACCCUCCAAACCGCAAUCCAAAGAUGGAACCCCACCAACCUCCCCUCCGCCAACACCACAACCCCCCUCCUCGCCCUCUCCCCGGACAACACCCUCCUCGUGAUCUACGAGCCCGGCGCCGGCCACAGCCCCUUCGCCUCCGGCGGAGCCCUCUACGUCUACAGUAUCAUCGACCACGCAUCCGUAUACAAACACUCCAACCCGGAUGCCAAUCCCGUCCCACGAGCCACCACUCCCACCGAGCUGCAAAACAACACAAACACAGACACAGGCACAGGGACAGACACCGGCUCGAAGAGGAAAUACCCUCCUCCGGAUGAUAUCCCAGCGUGGUCAUUCUUGUUGGAUGUCACGACGGUCGAUGUGGAGGAGGUGCGGGUGAUAAGGGCUGAGGAUGGGGGGUAUGUUGUUAGUGCUUUGGCGGGGAGGGAUGUAUUGGAGUGGUGGAUUCAUUGA